UGGGCAGGGUCGCCAACAUUUGAGCGUGAUUCAUUCAGGGAGGAGGACGAUACGUUUGAGCGCAUCUCCUCGCGUUUCACUGUGCAAACAGAGCAGGAAAAGAGCAGUGUUCAUCUUGGCACACAAGCACUCCGCAAAACUUCCCCGUCGACAUGGACGCAUAACCGCCAGGCGCACAUCUGCCCAUUUUCACCAGCACACUCUUCAUCUUCAUCUCCAGUCUCAACGUCUCUGAAGUGGCUGCCUCACCGUGUCGGACCGGAGGCCACCCGGUCUCCGAUCUGGUCGGAGGAGACUCGACGCGCUCCAUCGGGGCAAGGCUGUGCGCCUCCCGGAUCAGACCGGAGCCGCCGCGCGCUCUCGAGAUGGACGUGAUGGAAAGAGAAGUCAUGGACAAGCUGGACGACAUGACGUCCGUGUACGACUUCGACCCCAUCACCGGCAACAUCCCCGCCACCAAGGUGGAAGUCACCGUCUCCUGCAGAAAUCUUCUGGAUAAAGACACAUUCUCCAAGUCCGAUCCAUUGUGCGUCCUCUACACACAAGGUGUGGAAACCAAACAGUGGAGAGAGUUUGGCAGAACCGAAGUGAUAGACAACACCCUGAACCCCGACUUUGUUCGAAAGUACAUCUUGGACUACUUUUUUGAAGAAAAGCAGAGUCUUCGCUUUGACUUGUAUGAUGUUGACUCCAAAAGUCCAGACUUGUCCAAACAUCCCGCAGAACAAAACGACUUUUUGGGUCAAAUGUUCUGUACUCUCGGGGAGAUUGUCGGAUCACCAGCCAGUCGACUGGAAAAACCUCUCGGGGGGAUACAAGGGAAGAAAUGCGGUACGAUCAUCCUGUCUGCAGAGGAGCUGAGCAAUUGCAGAGACAGCGCUACUAUGCAGUUCUGCGCCAACAAGCUGGACAAGAAGGAUUUCUUUGGGAAAUCAGACCCAUUCAUGGUUUUCUAUCGAAGCAAUGAAGAUGGAACGUUUACGAUCUGCCAUAAAACAGAGGUGGUGAAGAACACAUUAAACCCAGUGUGGCAGCCAUUUACCAUUCCUGUCCGGGCACUUUGCAAUGGCGACUACGACAGAACAAUCAAAGUAGAAGUGUAUGAUUGGGACAGAGACGGUGGCCAUGACUUCAUUGGGGACUUCACCACCAGCUACCGAGAGUUAGCCCGAGGGCAGAGCCAGUUCAAUGUGUAUGAAGUUAUAAACACCAAGAAGAAAAUGAAGAAAAAGAAAUAUGUCAACUCCGGAACUGUGACUCUCCUCUCGUUCUCUGUGGAGUCUGAGUUUACCUUUUUGGAUUACAUCAAAGGAGGGACGCAGAUCAAUUUCACGGUGGCUAUCGAUUUCACAGCCUCUAACGGUAACCCCUCUCAGUCCACGUCACUGCACUACAUGAACCCAUACCAGCUCAACGCUUAUGCCAUGGCACUGAAGGCUGUCGGGGAGAUUAUUCAGGACUAUGACAGUGAUAAAAUGUUUCCCGCUCUUGGUUUUGGAGCCAAACUGCCCCCCGAUGGACGGGUUUCGCACGAAUUUCCACUGAAUGGAAACAUCGAGAAUCCUUACUGCAACGGAAUAGAGGGAAUCUUAGAAGCCUACCACCAGAGUCUGAAGACAGUGCAACUGUAUGGGCCGACCAAUUUUGCACCAGUGGUGAACCAUGUAGCAAGGUAUGCGGCGUCAGUGCAGGACGGCUCCCAGUACUUUGUGCUCCUCAUCAUCACAGACGGAGUCAUAUCUGACAUGUCUCAGACCAAAGAGGCCAUUGUAAAUGGCGCGAAGCUUCCAAUGUCCAUCAUCAUUGUCGGCGUGGGUCAAGCUGAAUUUGACGCGAUGGUGGAAUUGGACGGUGAUGACAUUCGAGUCUCUUCCCGGGGGAAACUCGCAGAGAGAGACAUUGUCCAGUUUGUUCCCUUCAGAGAUUAUAUGGACCGUACAGGUAACCACGUGUUAAGCAUGGCCCGGCUGGCCAAAGACGUGCUGGCAGAGAUCCCCGACCAGUUCAUUUCCUACAUGAAGAGUCGAGGGAUUAAACCUAACCCGGCCCCGCCACCUUACACGCCAGCCGGACUCACGCACCAUCACACGCACAUCUGACCGGAAAGCUUUUUAUCGAUGACUGACAGCGUGAGACCAGCAUCUUUCCAUGACCCGUCAACUUUUUUAAUCCGAACUGUGGCGUAGACUGUUUGACGUCUAAACGGACAGCAGGUCGGUCGAAAGAAAAGAUGGUGUUGUGGUUAAAACUUGUGCCUGUCUGUGCUCGUUUUUCAGUGUUUUCAGGACAUUUUGACCUGAAGCCCUGCUUUGUCAAUUCUUGGUGUGGCCUAAUAUUGUGAUAUUUUCAGGCAUUUUUUUCUUGUCUGGAACUAGUUUUUAUAUUUGGAGAAGAUCUCCCCAUUAACGAUGCAUCGGGAAUGAUUAAGAAGAAAUAUCUGUGUUUACACUUUUAUUUCUUUUCAAUGUCAAUCAGGUAUUUCAUACCAUCCGACACUGCCCUUCGAGUCAAAAGUUUAUGAGAGCAUGUUUUACAAGUCUCGGCAUUGUUUAAUAUUAAUUGAGAGUGGCAUGGAUACUGAAAUAUAAAUCAAGAAAUAGCUUAACCUAUUUGUAUUUGACUUCCAUAAAGAAAGCAGAUGGCCUAUAUGAGAAUGAAUUGUAGGUUCAUCCAUAUAAAUAUAUAUUUUUAUUAAAAAAUGUAAAAAUGUUUUAAAUGAACACAACGCAUAUUAAUGGCUUCAUUCAUGAGCACGGUCAACAUUGUUUUUGUUUUUUUUUUUAACAUUGAUGUACUGCUGUUACUAUAUUUGAUUGUAUUAUUUGGAAUGACUAUAGCCAUCAGAUCCCCUAUAAUAUUGUAUAACAAUUAUUUGUAAUGAUAAUUUGUUAUUACAAACACGACAAUGUACUGUAUUGUUGCCACACACAAAAAAUUUAAAAGGCCAGUAAAACAUGAUGGUAUCAUGCAAAAACAAUGCUAAUUAUGUAAAAAUGUGAUGUUUUUCAUGUAAAAAUCUGAUAACUAUCAUGUAAAAAUGUGAUAUCAUGUACAAAUGUGAUAAUUAUCAUGUCAAAAUGAGAUAAUUAUGUAAAAAUGUGACAACUAUCAUAUGAAAAUGUAAUA